AUGACUGACAACUCGGAAGAUCUCACCGAUCUCCGCGGGAGCGCGGUUGUCCUUUCUAUAUCGUGUCCUGAGGACGCGUUCAGUCAGUUAUGGGCAGAAUCCCUACGCAGAUACGUGGAGACCACAUCCACCGACUUCAUCAAAUGGCAGUCGCUUCUUCAGCGCAUAUCCAGUUGCACUGGCGUGGAUGAUAUCUGCUCGGUACUCGAUGAAACCAUGGACGCUUUCACCCGCUUUCGCGGGAAGGAUUCGCUCUGGGGGAGCUUGCGACAGAAGUACCUGAAGCCGACUGUGGAGGUGCUUCUACUAUUCAGCGAUGCGAUAGCGGAGGUCGCCUCGUCUUUCCCCCAUGUCCCCGGUGGGAAGGGGAUAUUUGUAGCGUUCAGUAUCCUACUCCAAGCAACGAAGGGGGUGAGCGCCUACUGCGAAGCCCUCCUCGGGUUAUUCGAAGAAUUGAACUACUUCCUGGAGUCCUUGCGGAUUCGGAUCGGAUCCUCGACGGCGUUGGGUCACACAUCAACAACUGUCGCGAUCGCCAUACUCGCGCUUCUCAUCGACAUCGUCGCCCGUGCUACUAUGCUGCUCACCAAACGUCCGUGGCUUGGGCGCAUUACUAUGUAUGGCAAAGUGCUCACCAGAGACACCACGAUCCAUGACGCGCUUCAGCGCCUUCGGGCGCUCACGAUACUGGAAAUGCGGGCCAUCAGUAUCGAGAACCGUGUCAUAACAGCCGAGAUUCGGGGUAUCGCGUCGGACACUCUGGUUGUUGCAGAGGAUAAUCAGGUAGUGGCAAGACGGAUAUUGCAAGAACUUCGGGCCUUGAAUCCAGUUCACACGCAACUCGCUGAGACCCGCAAUCUGAUGGGCCGGGGCGUCGAUAAACUGCUAAAGGGACAGAGAGAACUGAUGGAGUUGUUGCAUGCCGAGAGAAAACAACGCGAGGAAGUCGUCGACGCGUCGAAGAUCAUGGAGAAGCUUCACCGCGUCGAUUCCGCUGACAUCGAUGCUCAGAGUCCCGAGGGGUGCAUGAAGGGGACACGGGUGCAAGUUCUCAAAGAUCUACGGAAUUGGAGCCGUAAUUCAAACGCACCUCGAAUAUAUUGGCUCAAUGGAAUGGCUGGGACGGGCAAAUCGGCCAUCGCGCGCUCGUUCUGUCACGCGCUACGGCAAAACAGCCUUCUCGGUGGAAGCUUCUUUUGCUUUCGUGGCGGUUCCAUCGAGAGAGGCGAUGCACGGCGCAUCAUCCCCACCUUGGCCGCCUCGAUGGCCGCACGACACGCAGCUUUCAAUGCAGCUUUACUUUCCGCUCUCGAAAAGGAUCCUUUCUCCCUUCACUGGAACUUUGAAGUGCAGAUCGAGCGUCUGCUCGUGAAUCCCCUCGCUCAUAUACGCGAUAAAGCACCGAUGUUGGUCUUUGUCAUUGACGCUCUGGACGAAUGCUCCGACGGCGAUAUCAUACGCAAUCUCCUCUCACGCCUCGUCCUAGCUUCUCCGAAUCUCCCUCUCAAAUUCUUCCUAACAUCUCGUCCUGAACCCCAUGUCCGCAUUCACCUGGAGUCUCUGGAUCCUACCAUUGGCCAUGUUCUACGGCUCCAUGACAUCGAGGAGAACGUAGUCCGAGCUGACAUCGCACUGUACUUGACACACAACCUACGAGGCAUGCGUCAGGCGUUCUUCCCCAUCUAUUGGCCCGAAAAAGCGGACAUCACCAGGCUAGCAGAUCAGUCUAGCAAGCUAUUCAUCUAUGCCUUCACAGCCCUACAAUAUGUUCGCGCCGAUCCCAUUGCCCGCCUCGCAAAGCUCUCCAACGCGGUGGUGUCUGCCGAGCAACGCAUGGCGAAGCCUCUGGAUGCGAUCUACAGCUUGAUCUUGUCCGAGGCCAUGGACCCAGAGGAGAACGAUGAGGAGGAGAUCGAGGCCAUUUGUCGCAUUCUUGCCAUCCUCAUCAGUGUUCGUGACCCGUUGACAGUCUCAGCCCUUGGCGAGCUGCUGAAUGUGCCGGGGCAUCACCUAAGAAGCUCUCUGAACCGCCUUCACGCCGUGAUCUAUGUUCCUCUCCAUGAUGACCGCGGUCUUCUCUCAACUUUCCACGCGUCAUUCCGCGACUUUUUGACCGCUCCCGACCGGGCACCGGGAUAUAUGCGGUCUCGAAUAUCUCGAGCCCCCGAGUUGCUUGCACACGCAUGCCUUGGAACCCUGCGAGCUGGACUCCAUUUCAAUGUUUCAGGAGCUACGACAUCCUACCUCCGCAACCACGAGCAGGAACUUCCGCGCAUUGAGGACCCAUUACGCUAUGCGUGUUUAUACGGACUGGAUCACGCAGUAACCGCAGGAUACGCCAGCCGGCGGAUUUCCCAAGCACUCGCAGAUGUGCUGCAUGGGCCUCGCCUACUUUUCUGGCUGGAAGCCAUGAGCGCCAUGGGUCAUUCAGAGAAGAUCGUUGCCACACUCGAGGAUGUGCAAACUUGUGUCCGUCAGCGCAAAGCACAGUCGCGAUUCGCGGCGUUUCUUCGUGAUGCCAUCGCUUUCGCCAAAAACCAUCACGUCGUCAUCGCACAGAGCGCUCCUCAUAUCUACAUAUCAGCCCUCGCCUUGCAAUACAACUCUCUUCUCGCAAACAUUUGCACAUUCUACUUCCCCCGUCUCGUCUCUGCGCGAGCAUUCAGCACUAAGAACGUGAAACAUUCUUUUCACCCAGCAGUUUCUUCUCCAGAUGGGAGCCGUAUACUGGCCGGAUGCGAUACGUCGGUCUAUGUCUUUGACGCUUACACUGGCGCGUUGGUAGCGCAUCUUCAGAAGGGUCAUGCACGUAUGGUGCACAGCGUUGCAUACGCUCCCGAUGGAAAACGAGCAUUUUCCGCAUCGACUGACAGAACUAUCUGUACAUGGGAUAUUGAAUCGGAGACAUUGCUAUCAUGUGUCCGCAGUGGGGAUACCAAUGUCGCCUGUGUGGCCUUCUCGCCCACGGGUAAGCAUGUGGCUUUGGGCUUUCUUGACGCCUCCAUCGAUAUAAGGGAUCCGUUAUAUUCCCGAACCCACAAGACCUUGAUGGGGCAUACAGAACGUAUUCAAGCUCUAGCAUUCUCGCCAGACGGGUCCCUCAUCGCAUCCGGAUCGUCGGAUAAGAGCAUACGUGUCUGGGAAGUCUCGUCAGGCGAACCUUGCUGCGCCCCCUUAGUCGGGCAUACCGACGAUGUUUUCUCUGUUGCCUUCACUCAAUUAGGGACCCAUGUCGUUUCAGGCUCCGCAGACUGCACAGUGCGCAUUUGGAGCAUCGGGGACGAGGGCAACGUCAGGAUCUUCAGCGGACACAACGGCUUGAUCACAUCCAUCGCCUGUUCUCAUGACAAUCAGUAUAUCGCAUCAGGUUCAGUGGACACAACAAUGCGCAUCUGGGAGACGCACUCUGGCGAACAAGCGAUGGAAACAUUCCAGAGCACUGGCGCCAUACUAUCGGUGGCCUUCACCUCGAAUGGACAUCGCGUACUCUCGACUAGCGCAGGCGGGUCGAUCCGGAUUCACGGCAUCCAUAAGAGACGUCGUCAUGGCAGUGUACCAGACAUUUUCCAGAAGAAUCAGUACUAUAUCGACAAGGAUGGUUGGGUCCGUGGUCCGAGAAACGAGGUCCUGUUGUGGUUGAGCAGCGAACGAUUGAAAUAUUUCAAUGGGUGGCAGCUCGACGACACAUUGGUCGAUCUCACUAUCGACGUUGACGCCAACGUGAACCGCCCUACCUUGACUAUCGAUUGGACUGGUGCAGCUGUCGGCGCUGAGUGGACGAACUGUUACGAUCCGACCAUUGGCACGGAUGAGAUGCCAUCAGAGUUUAUCAAUCCUCCCAACUUGUAG